GAUACUCUGCAAUAUUACCAGUUUAGGUAAAGUUCGGGGAAAUACCCCAAACAAUUAUGAUCAGAUCAGUUCCAGGAAUAAAGAUUUUGAAAAGAAUAAGAAUCUGUUAAUUUGUCUGGAAGAAUUACACUAAGACCAUGGAACAGAAACACAGAAAUGUUCUUCAGACUAGCUUUGCCUAUCUUAUAAAAAAUCUGCAUAAUGUGGAAGAAGUAUGUGAUCAUUUAGUUAGCGAUGAUAUACUGACAUCAGGGAUGAUGGAUUCAAUUAAGCAUAAAAAACCGCGGCCUUCUGGACAGACCAGGGAACUGUUAUCCAUCCUACCACGGAGAGGAACGAAAGCUUAUAACAGUUUUAUUAAUGCGCUGGAAGCAUCAACAAAUGAAGAAGUUGCUGAUUACUUGAGAGUGAAGGACGGGUCCAAAGGUACAGGAAAAAAUGCACAAAAUACUGGCAAACCAGAUGAUGAUUCAAAAAAACCUAAUGAUGAAAAUGAAGACGUACAGAAGACAUCAACACAACAUUCUGAGAAUCCAGAUAAAAAGAACAAACUAGAAUCUGCAAAUUCUAAUCAAGGUUAUGAAGAUUGGCCAGAUUUAAAGAACAGAUUGAAAAUGUUAAAGAAAAGUGAUAUACCAAUAUGUACUAAAGAAUCAUUUACAAAGAUUUGUGAAAGCAAACAGGUAUACCAUAUGACAGGCAGCAAAAAAGGAAAAUGUCUAAUUAUAUCAAAUGUUCCAUGUAACAAACCAAACACCGAUACGAAAUCACCAGAUGAUACCCAGUCAAAGGAAACAAUAGACCCCCAGUCAAAGGAAAUAGAUAAUCCCCAGUCAAAGGGAACAAAUGAUCCCCAGUCAAAGGAUACACAUGCUCCCCAGUCAACGAAAACAGAUGAUCUCCAGCCAAAUGAAACAGAUGAUUCCCAGUCAAAAGAGAAAGAUAAUCUCCAGUCAGACGGAACACAAAAUGCCCAGCCAGUGGCAAAUGAUUGUAGUACGAAGUGUAGAAGCUGUGUAGACUUUGAUAAAACUUCUAUAUUACAACUUUUCAAGCAUAUGCAGUAUGAAUCAAAAGGAGCUGAUGCAGUUAUGGAUGUUUCUGGUGAUAAUAUGAAGACUUUCCUUCAAGAUCAUUUAAACAACAAAGAGAAUUCAGUUUUUGACAGCUUAGUUAUAGUAAUCUUCUCUGGUGGAGAUAAAUAUAAACCAGGGAAAAUAUAUGACAAAGAUGGCAACGAAAUUGAAAAUACAGAAAUAUUUUCUAUGAUUCAAGAAUCCACAGCUUUUGCAGGAAAACCAAAAAUUGUCAUCAUAAGGACAUACAAUUUUGAAGAAGAAACAGAAACAUAUGAUGUCUUGGAUGCUGAAAAACAGGAGCUGCAUUUUUGUGACAAAGGGCCAAAUAAUAAAGAUCUAUUUGUGGUGUCUUCUCAACCAAGGACAAAAAAAGGUCCAUGGAUCAUUGGAGAUGAAAUGAAUGGAUCAUAUUUUAUGCAAGCAUUAAUUCAUGUUUUCAAAAAAAUGGCCCAUGAGAAAUCAUUUCUGGAAAUGAUGAAAGAGGUAAAUGAUUGUCUCAUUACGGCUAUGGUACCUGUUAAUGGAACGUCAGCUGUGAAAGAACAUGUAGCAGAAGUAAUGAUUCUUGAACAUAGUAUAGAGAAAGAAUUAUUCUUCUUUCCUGGAUUAAUAGAUGUUCCAAUGAAAGUUCGUGGAUGGCCAGACUUAGCAGCUGGAAGAAAUACAGUGAGGAAGAAAGAUAUCAAAUUGAGUUCAUUUGAAUUUUAUGGCAACAUAUUAAAAGACAGAAAGAUUUACCAAAUGACAAAUGCUACCAACAGAGGGAAGUUUAUUUUGAUAUCUAAUGCUCAGUGCAUUCAGUGUACAGAAAAUACAGAUGAUGAAGAAGAAAAGAAAAAAAAAUAUUUAAAUUGUCUGGCGAAUACAGACUUUGAUAAAUCCAACAUGAGCCAGUUAUUGAAAUCCAUGGGUUAUGAGUUAAAAGGUGGAGACCAGGUUAAAAAUUUAAAGAAGGAGGAAAUUACAGAGUUCUUGAAAAGAAAAGUAAAUGAGAUCGACAAGGAUCAGUCUGCAAAGUAUGAUAGUCUGGUUAUAUUGUUCCUGUCUGGGAAAUAUGAAUGUGAUGCAGGAAAGAUUUAUGACUGUGAUGGAAAACUUGUUCAAAGAAGUGAAAUUUUAGAGAUCAUUAAAGGGUGCCAAUAUUUUAAAGGGAAACCAAAAGUGGUUUUUGUUCAAACCUACAAUUUUCAAGACGAAAGCCAGGAUUUUGAUUCAACAGAUUCUGCAAAUGACAUAUUGAAGGAUUGUGAACCCAACAAAGAUGACAUAUUUGUCGUAUCAAAUUAUCCAAGAAUAGUACAAGGUCCAUGGAUACUUGGCGAAGAUAUGAGUGGAUCAUAUUUCAUUCAGGCACUUAUACAUGUCUUCACAAAAUUUGCCUGUGAAAAAUCAUUUAUUGAAUUAUUAAAAGAGGCAAACCUGUGUCUCGCUCAAGCUGUAGUACCAAAGAAGACAACAGAAGGCGGAAAAAGUGUGAUAGAAGAAAAGAAAACUGUUGCACAAAUUGCCUUAUUGGAAUAUUGUGAAGGGAAAGACCUUUACUUUUUCCCUGGAAUUGACUUAACACCUAUUCCAAAAGGCUUUGCGAAUAAAGAUUUCUCUGAAUCAGGGAGACCAGUGUGUUCACCAUCAAGUUAAUUUCACAAUAGAAGGGACUGUUGAUGAACUGUAGAAUUAUAGAAAGCAUUUUUCUUUGAUAACAUUGAGCUUACUUUACCUUAUUGAAAUUGCUAAACAAAUACAGUCGAACUCGGUUGUGUCGAAAAAUCGGAUGAGUCGAAGUAAUUUCUCAGUCCUGGUAAAAUUCCCUUUUGAUUAAUGCAUAAUUACCUCUGAUGAGUCGAACUCGGUUAAUUCGAAUACUUGGUUAAGUCGAGUAAAUUUUUUUAGUCCCGUCGAUGUAAAAUUAAUGUAAAUUGACCCCAAUGUCUCGAAGUUCGAAAGUAAGAAUUUUCGAAAGAUGCAGACCUAAUGAUAAAAAUUCAAAUCGGAUGUAAUUCUUAUGUAACCUAAUCAUUUUCAAAAGAGAUUAAAGCUGAGUAAACAUACUUGUUUGUAUAACAGUUAAAAUGACAUGUUUAUGGUGACCGGUAAUUAACACCUGUGUUGAUCGUCCAAGCGGAACGUUAGUGUGUUGAACAUAUUCACCUGACAUAAAAUCGAAACGAAUUUUAAUGACCCAAACCAAGAUUAAAUGAAUUGUUAGAAUUGAAAUUCAUUAAAUACAAUAAAUAAAAGGAUGAAGACAAUUAUGAUAAAUUCAUAAUGAUUUAAUGUUUAUCAGAUGACCUCAUCAGAGACCGUUCAGAACUUGUUUCAUUCCGCAACUGAUUUCAUAAUUUAUAGUGACUGACCUUUGUAAAUAUUUGUUUAACUAUUGAUUUUAUUUUAUGCAUGAUUUCUAUCUGACUUGUGUGUUUAAUUAUUAUGAAGGACCAACACAUAUGGAGAUUGAAUACACAAUCAUAAAGUGUCAUAUCGAAAAAAGGCACACUGUUCAAAAUAACUCGUUUACACAAAUCUCAUACCGUAUUUCAUGCAUUUCAAAUUUAAGACGACACACUCGACCUCGGAUGAGUCGAACCUCGGAUAAGUCGAAUACUUUGGUCCAGUCCCUUCGACUUUGACAUAACGAGGUUUGACUGUAGUAAAAAUAUUCAAUUCUUUUCAAAAUUUGUUUAAAUUUGUUUUGCCUGAGAUUCCCUUUUUAUAAAAAGUAUAAGUACUAAAUUUUAUUUUACACAUGUCAUCAUCUUCAAACAUAACAUAUUGUGGCAUAAUAUCGUAUUGAGAAAGGUUGUUAGUAUUUCUCAAAUCUAAAUAUUGAUCCCAAUAAAAGAAGUUUGAAGGAAGUUUUAAAGAAAAAAAGUAUUUAGAAAAAAACUAUAUAUGCUGAUAUUUGACAGUAGAUUUUGAUAGAUUUAUGACAAACACUAUAAUUAUCUGAAUUCAAGUAGCCAUUGGAGUGGGAAUGUGGAACCUUUUCUUUUAGUGGUAUAAUUAAAUGUAUAUAAUUUAUAACAAAUGUCAGAAUCAACGUCAGAAACAUUAUUUAUAUUUAAAGUAUGAUAUUUAUCACAAUAAUAUAUACGAUCAAAGAUUUUAAGAUAACAUAUAAUUAUAUGUAUCCUGUCUUUUAACCUUUGUUAUCACAAUAAUAUAUGUACUAACAUCGAUAACAUCCAUACUAGUUGUACACUAUGUAUAUUAAAGACAAUAUAGUGAAUAA